AGCGAAGGGGCGGGGCAAGAGACUAAGGCUGCCCAGAAUAUUAAUAUUAUUGAUAAGGACUCUGAUAAGGAAAAGAUUCCUUCAUGAAAUAGUGAAAUAUGGAACAAACUAAAUUUAUGGCGUAUUUAAAAGAACUAUUUGAACCUUUGUGUAAUCAAUUAUCACUUCAUGUCGGUGAUGUCAUAGAAAAUUUGUGUGCUGAAUUAGCCACACCUCCUUUAACGAGCUCAGUCAGAGUAAAUACCUUAAAAACUCCAAUAGUAUCUGAAGGAGUUGAGUCAGUCAAAGACGUAUUAGAAAAGUAUUGCAGAGAGAGAAAUUGCAGUACCUCUAUAUCAAUGAGUGUCCAUCCUUUAUUGCCUGAUGUAUUAUUAAUUGAAGGAAGUGGCCCACAUUCUGAUCUGAGACUCUACGAUAAAGAAAUUCUUGUUGAAAUGACUUGUGGUCAAUCCGUUCUUCGAGGGGCCGACGUUUAUGGGCCUGGAAUCCUUGGUGCUCCGAAAGAUUUAUUUAUUGGAGAGUCAGUCUCAGUGUAUGCUGAUUCUGGGAAUGAGAGCAGGAAAGGUUUGGUUAAGAAAUAUGACGGGCCUAAGGUUUACAUCGGUAACGGCAAAGCCUGUCAGACCAGGGCAGACUGGUUUGGACCAUCUGCUAAAAGCAGUGGAUUGGCUAUAAGAAUGACGGACCCUCUCUAUAUUUCUCCCUCACUCAAUGAAAUGCUGUUAAAUGAUGUUGCAUUUCCACAGAGUUUGCCAUCACUGGUAGUGUCACACGUACUUAAACCGACCGAGACCGACCGGGUAUUAGAUAUGUGUGCAGCACCAGGUGGUAAGGCAACUCACCUAGCUACACUAAUGAGAAAUAAAGGAGUAAUAAUAGCCCUGGAUAGAUCAGCUGGAAAAAUGAAGUCAUUGAAGCACAAUGUCAAGAGAUUUGGUUUGACUAAUGUCCAUUGCUUUCAUCAUGAUUCAACAGCUGCUUGCUCUAGCAAAUCAGAUGAUGCUUCUUCUCAAAGAAACUUCCCUGGGCCCCCUCCUUAUCCACCUGCAUUUUUUGACAAGGUCCUAUUGGAUGCUCCUUGCAGUGGACUGGGUCAAAGACCUAGGUUUAACUUUUCAAUAAAUUUAACAGACUUCACAUCACUGCCUCUCUAUCAGAAGAAACUAUUAGCUCAGGCUGUCCUAUUACUAAAGCCAGGUGGUAAGUUACUCUAUUCGACCUGUUCUUUGUCACCUGAGGAAAAUGAAGCUCAAGUGAAGUGGCUGCUCUCAACAUUCAAAGAAAUGAUUCUAAUUGAGCAAUCUCCAGUGAUUGGAUACCCUGGCCUUAGCAUGUUUGAAUUGUCGCGUGAAGAAUGCUUGAAACUUCAAAGAUUUGGUCCAGCUGCAUUUAAUAAGCAGCUAUCAUCUUCACCUCUUUCUCUUGAUACCAUUGGGUUCUUCAUUGCACUGUUUGAAAAGAAAAAUUAAAAAUGAAGAAAAUAAAGCUCAAGUUGUUUGACACAAUAAUUUUGAAUGGCCGUCU